AGAAGAAGAAGAACCCGGAAGUGACGUCGGGCUGUGAUCGUUAAUGGAGACAGAACUGCGCAGUUGUUCUGUUUAGCGUUUCAGGCUCCGACCCGAACCCGACCAUGGACCCGAACACGACCAUCCUGCGGGUGAAGAGGAAGCGCGGCACCGACCCGGCCGACGCGCUGCUGCUGCUGGCCUGCAAGCGGAUCCGGCCCGAGGACCAGAACCAGAACCAGAGCCAGAACCAGAGCCAGAGCCCCGGGGACCCGGGGGAACCGGGACCGGAGCCCGGGGAGGCCCACGUGGAGAGAGAGGUGUUCAAGCUGGUGGCGACGGUGGACACGCAGGACGCGCCGGUGCAGACUCAGGUCCGCCAGGCGCUGGCGCGGCCUCGCUCAGCGCUGGCGCAGCGGGCGUCGGCCGCCAGCACGCAGCGGGUGCUGGGCGACCUGCGCAGCUCCAAGUGGAGCACCCGCCGGGAGGAGCGCUACCGGAUCCUGUCCAGCCACCGCGCCGGCCGGCCCGGGCCGGCCCAGCAGCAGCAGCACCCCCGGCCCGACCCGGAACACGGGGACGGCAAGAAGGAUGCUGGGAAAUCCUGGGACCUGGGGGAGAUCCAGGUGGUGGACCUGGUCCACGAGGAGGUGGAGGACAAGGACAAACCUGCCGGCAAGGCGGCCUCCUUGGACCCGGAGCUGAUCCUGUGCAACAACACCAAGAUGCUGCGUGAGCGUCUGAGCAUCUCCGGCGACGGUGGCGACGCCGGCCGGCAGGACGAGGACUACGUCUACGACCUGUACUACCAGGAAACGGUCACGCCGGGCUGGAUCCAGGACAUCCUGUCCGUCAGGGCCUACGCCGACGAGGGAGAACUGGUUCCUGACCUGGUCGUCCACGAGGAGGAAGUGUACGAAGACGAGGACGAUGAGAACGAAGAGAGGAACUGGAGGAACGAUUAUCCCGACGAGGAGAGCGGCUCGGACAGCGACAAGGAGGAGCGUUACGGAGGUUACUGGGAGGAGGAACACUCGUACAGCCGCCGGAGCUGGCAGCGCUACCAGCAGGACGUGCUGCGGGAGCUGAACGCCAGCGACGAAGACGAGGACGAGGCCGACAAAUCGGACUGAUCCAUUCCUCCCCGAUCACACCGUACUGGCCGUCUGUGUUGUCCAGAGAGACGGAAACAUCCGCCGUCAGAUUCUGGUGUAGUGCCAAAGGGCUUAGACAUCAGCCACGCUGCUCGGCGGUCGGUGCUUCGUCCCGCUGGCCGACACAGACGAGCCGGAGCCUCCGCGGUCCAGUCUGGUUUUAUUUCCUAACUUUGUUGGAGUGAACUGUGUGUGUGUGAUACUGGGUGUGUGUGUGUGUGUUAUGCUGGGUGUGUGUGAUACUGGGUGUGUGUGUGAUGCUGGGUGUGUUAGCCUCGUUGCAUUAGUGUGAGCUGCUCGUUUGCUUCGUGCCGCGUCGUCGGGACGUGUGUUUGCAUCGUUGGUAGAGCGUCUGUGUUCCUGCGUGUUUGUUAGCAUCCUCCAUAACGUGAAAGUGGUGCGUCGUCGUGUCGGGUGUGUCUGGAUUUACUCUCUUUUUCUUUUCUGGAAGUUUAUUUCUUUAAUAUUUGUUGCAUAAGUUUUUGUAAAUAUGUAGAUGUGUAUUAAAGGAUUGAAAAUAA